CCGCAGACUGCCAAGGCCGGCCAACGGCGCCACCGAGGAAAGCUGUUUCGGUAAACCUGGGGUCACAGCUGCAGCAGUUGGGCGUCCACAUGCCGGGGGCUGUUGUCAGCGAGAGUGAGAUUCGGAAUUACCUCAAGGAGGCGGUGGAGCGGCAGCCCACGGCGCAGCUGGCGACGGGGGGGGAGGCGGUGACGUUGACCUGCACCCGGGGUGCUGCGGGCGUGGCCCAGAUCCAGGUGCAGGGGCCGAGGGAGGAGAACCUGGCGGCGGCCAACGAGCUGAAGCUGGACCCCAAGACCCUGCAACGCGGGGAGAACAUCGGCCAUGGCUCCUUGACCGCGCGGGCCAGAUCCUUCGGCAGCGUUUUCAAGGCGAUGCACUCGGAGACGGGCCUCGUGAUCGCCGUGAAGGAAGUGCACAUCGACGUGCAGCAUCAGCCGGACGAGAGGCUCAAGGUGCAGCUCGAGAAUGAAAUCGACCUGAUGCGCAGCCUGAGGCACCCGCACAUUGUGUCGUACUAUGGCUGCCACUGGAGCGACGGCCAUCUUCAAAUGUACCUCGAAUACAUGGCUGGCGGAUCGCUGUCACAGGUCCUCUCCAACUUUGGGCCCUUGGAGGAGAAUCUGAUGGCGCAGUACACGCGGCGUGCCAAGGAAAUCGGCUUGACGUGCCUGGAGUACUUGCACACGCAGAAUCCCUAUAUCCUACACCGGGAUAUCAAGGGCGCCAACGUCCUGGUGGGCGUCGACUCCUUGGUGAAGCUGGCGGACUUCGGCUGCUCGAAGCGCGCCAAGGAGACCACCUCCGUAUCAAUCCAGGGCUCCAUUCCGUGGAUGGCUCCAGAGGUACUCACGCACUCUCGCUUUGGACGGGCAGGUGACAUUUGGAGCUUCGGCUGUUUGGUCAUCGAGUGCCCCGGCAACCAGAUGGCCGCGGCAGAUGCUCCUUGGGGCCACUUCGACAACCUGAUGGCGGCGAUUCUGAAGAUCGGCAUGUCAGGGGAGCUGCCGCCCAUCCCAGCCCGGCUCCCGGGGCUCUUGAGCCGAAUCCGCGUCAGCGCCAUGCCGCCAUCUGCGGCUUGUUUCUGCACCCUUGCUGGAUGGGCGUUUCAGGGAUACAGGGGGAGGGUGCCCUGA